UUUUUACUUCACAGCGGCUUGCAUUCAGAGCAAGUCGUCGCCAUGUUGCGGACAGGGAGACCCAGCUUGUGUACAUUAGCGAUUGUGCUUCUGGUACUACACGUCUGCGGGCAGGGGUUUGGUUUUGAUACUAACAGCCCCGGGCGUGAUGCUAGAGCAUCUCAGUGUCAGCUCACAAGCGAACACAGGAGUGACUGUUACCCCGAGUCAGGCGUCACUAAAGCUGCCUGUCUGUCACGUGGGUGCUGCUGGCAGAGGACAAACGUGAAGGGCGCCCCCUCGUGUUUCUACUCGCCAGGGGACGACUACUCUGUACAGAAAGUACAGAAUAAGGGUAACUCCGUGGUUCUGACCAGGAAGCAACGUACACACUGGCCCAAUGACGUCAUGGACCUGCAAGGUGACGUAGUCGAGGAGACGAGCAGUAGACUCCGGUUUAAAGUGUACGACCCCAACAAUAAGCGCUAUGAGGUUCCUCUGCCGCUCAACCAGGGAUCUGGUUCCCCCCAAAACACUGAUUACACAUUCAACAUCGACCACAACUCCUUCGGCCUCACCGUUACCAGGAAGUCAACGAGGAGUGUUCUGUUUGACGCCAGCCUCGCCCCUCUGGUUUUCUCCGACCAGAUGAUACAGAUCUCAGUAGGGGUGCCUACAACCAAUCUGUACGGUAUCGGAGAAAACAGGAAGCCGUUCAGGAUCCAAGUCGAGAAGAGUCCUGGCUACUCCCUCUGGGCUCAUGAUGUCUUCCCCGAUAUCGACACCAAUAUGUACGGCAGCCACCCUUUUGUGCUCGGAAUAGAACCGAAUGGAGACGCAUUUGGAAUAUUUCUCCUGAACAGCAACACCCUACGUGUAGACGUUCUUCCAACCAAACCUGUGACAAUUCGUUACCGAGCCCUUGGUGGAAUACUGGACUUCUACGUUUUCACUGGUCCCACGCCUGAUGACGUCAUCGAUCAAUACUGGGCUUUGAUUGGACAGCCACCACUUCCGCCCUACUGGUCGCUAGGUUACCAUCUGAGUAGGUGGGAAUAUGGCGGAUCAAGUGGGAUGAACGCAACCAUUCAGAGGAUGAGGAACAAGCAGAUGCCAUUUGACACAAUCUGGAACGACAUCGACUACAUGGUCAACGAGAUGGACUGGACUUACGACCACAAGCUGUACGGUCAGCUGCCGGACAUCGUCAAGGACCUGCAUAGCCACGGGGAGAAAUACGUCAUGAUAUUGGAUCCUGGCAUCAGCAAUACCCAGCCCAGAGGUAAAUAUGCCCCGUAUGAUGAUGGCAUGGCAGAUGAUAUCUUCGUGAAGACUGGCGACGGAUCUGCUCCUAUAGUGGGAGAGGUGUGGCCGGGGAAGACGGUGUUCCCAGACUUCAGUCACCCCAAGGCUGAAGCCUGGUGGCAGAAACACGCUCAGAUCAUGCACGCUGAGCUUCCAUUUGACGGCCUCUGGACAGACAUGAACGAGCCCGCCAACUUCAAGGACGGUUCCGUGACAGGGUGCGUCAACAACUCACUGGAGAAUCCGCCUUACACACCACCCCUGAAUGGAGACAGCGUCAUACAGAAGACGCUGUGCAUGUCUGCCAAGCUUCAUGGAGGCCUCCACUACAACAUGCAUAACAUGUAUGGCUACUUUAUGGGCAAAGCCACAUACAGCGUUCUAAAAAAUAUCAUCGGAAAGAGGCCAUUUGUUCUGUCUCGCUCGACUUUCGCCGGAAGUGGAAAUUACGUGGCACACUGGGAAGGAGACAACUUUGGUGACUGGUCCAACUUGUACUACUCUAUACCAGAGGUUCUGAGCUUCAACAUGUUCGGCAUCCCCUUCACCGGCGUGGACAUCUGUGGGUUUAGGGGGGACACGGACGAGGAGCUGUGUACAAGAUGGCUUCAGCUUGGUGCAUUCUACCCUUUCAUGAGGUCACACAACCAGAACGUGGCACCGGACAAAGACCCCGCAGCAGUGCGGUUUAGUUCCGCUGCGCAUGACCGGAACCGCGAGGCCUUGCGACUCCGUUACCGUCUUCUACCCUUCCUGUACUCGCUGAUGUCCCGGAAGAAGGCGGUGGCUAGACCUAUCAUCUUCCAGUACCCGACUGAUUCCACCGCCUACAGCAUAGAUAAGCAGUUUCUGUGGGGCGACUCAUUGCUGAUUACUCCCGUGCUAGAGAGGGGGAACACAACAGUGAACGCCUAUUUCCCUAAAGACACGUGGUACGAUUUCUUCACUGGGACGGAGGUGUCCACGACAGGGCAGUGGUCAGUCAUCAGUGCGCCGCUGGACAAGAUUAAUGUCCACAUAAGGGGAGGCAGCAUUGUCCCGACACAGGUGCCCGAUGUGAACACGGAGAAGAGCCGACAGAACGACUUUGGUCUGGUGGUGGCGGCGUCGGCCAGGAAGAUUGCCCAAGGCUUCCUGUACUGGGACGACGGCGAUACCAUAGAUGCACCGUUUAACAAUAUCCAGUUCAAUCUCGACGGGGAACGACUAACGUCAACUGUCAAGUCUAACAACUACGCCACGACCAUGACGUUAGGGAGCGUCGACGUGUACGGUGUUGCAACAGCGCCGACAACAGUCAGAGUCAAUGGUAUCGGCGUCGCCCACACCUACGACAGCGGCAACAAAUCUCUUCAUGUAACACGAUUGAAGGUGGAUCUUCGUAAACCCUUGGUGAUGACUUGGUAGCCAUGGUCGCCAUCUUGAAUAUCACAGGUUGUAAUUAAUAAAUUGCUGCCAUGUUUUGAUAAGUGAAUCAAAGGGGAUUUAAAAUUCAAA